AUGACCUGCAACACCGUGGAUUCUUUCCUGUCCCCAGAGGGCACUGAAGAGACGACCUCUGAAGUAGACGCGAGCGGCCUCGGCUCUACAGUAGACGCGAGCGGCCUCGGCUCUACAGUAGACGCGAGCGGCCUCGGCUCUACAGUAGAUGCGAGCGGCCUCGGCUCUACAGUAGAUGCGAGCGGCCUCGGCUCUACAGUAGAUGCGAGCGGCCUCGGCUCUACAGUAGAUGCGAGCGGCCUCGGCUCUACAGUAGAUGCGAGCGGCCUCGGCUCUACAGUAGACGCGAGCGGCCUCGGCUCUACAGUAGAUGCGAGCGGCCUCGGCUCUACAGUAGAUGCGAGCGGCCUCGGCUCUACAGUAGACGCGAGCGGCCUCGGCUCUACAGUAGAUGCGAGCGGCCUCGGCUCUACAGUAGAUGCGAGCGACCUCGGCUCUACAGUAGACGCGAGCGGCCUCGGCUCUACAGUAGACGCGAGCGGCCUCGGCUCUACAGUAGACGCGAGCGGCCUCGGCUCUACAGUAGAUGCGAGCGGCCUCGGCUCUACAGUAGAUGCGAGCGGCCUCGGCUCUACAGUAGAUGCGAGCGGCCUCGGCUCUACAGUAGACGCGAGCGGCCUCGGCUCUACAGUAGACGCGAGCGGCCUCGGCUCUACAGUAGACGCGAGCGGCCUCGGCUCUACAGUAGAUGCGAGCGGCCUCGGCUCUACAGUAGACGCGAGCGGCCUCGGCUCUACAGUAGAUGCGAGCGGCCUCGGCUCUACAGUAGAUGCGAGCGGCCUCGGCUCUACAGUAGAUGCGAGCGGCCUCGGCUCUACAGUAGAUGCGAGCGGCCUCGGCUCUACAGUAGAUGCGAGCGGCCUCGGCUCUACAGUAGAUGCGAGCGGCCUCGGCUCUACAGUAGAUGCGAGCGGCCUCGGCUCUACAGUAGACGCGAGCGGCCUCGGCUCUACAGUAGACGCGAGCGGCCUCGGCUCUACAGUAGACGCGAGCGGCCUCGGCUCUACAGUAGACGCGAGCGGCCUCGGCUCUACAGUAGACGCGAGCGGCCUCGGCUCUACAGUAGACGCGAGCGGCCUCGGCUCUACAGUAGACGCGAGCGGCCUCGGCUCUACAGUAGACGCGAGCGGCCUCGGCUCUACAGUAGACGCGAGCGGCCUCGGCUCUACAGUAGACGCGAGCGGCCUCGGCUCUACAGUAGAUGCGAGCGGCCUCGGCUCUACAGUAGACGCGAGCGGCCUCGGCUCUACAGUAGACGCGAGCGGCCUCGGCUCUACAGUAGACGCGAGCGGCCUCGGCUCUACAGUAGACGCGAGCGGCCUCGGCUCUACAGUAGACGCGAGCGGCCUCGGCUCUACAGUAGACGCGAGCGGCCUCGGCUCUACAGUAGACGCGAGCGGCCUCGGCUCUACAGUAGACGCGAGCGGCCUCGGCUCUACAGUAGACGCGAGCGGCCUCGGCUCUACAGUAGACGCGAGCGGCCUCGGCUCUACAGUAGACGCGAGCGGCCUCGGCUCUACAGUAGACGCGAGCGGCCUCGGCUCUACAGUAGACGCGAGCGGCCUCGGCUCUACAGUAGAUGCGAGCGGCCUCGGCUCUACAGUAGAUGCGAGCGGCCUCGGCUCUACAGUAGAUGCGAGCGGCCUCGGCUCUACAGUAGAUGCGAGCGGCCUCGGCUCUACAGUAGAUGCGAAAGUGGAAAACUUCUAA